GGGCAGCCGAUGCUGUGCAGGCAGUGCGCGUGAACCUGUGGGCACCCCGAAAAGAAGCGAGCGAGCCGCACGAGGCCGCGACGAGCAGGCCACCGGGCGCCCACCCCGCGCAAGCAACGGCGACGGGCGGGUCCAGGGCAAGCAUCCGGAAGCGCCAGCCAGAGCACGAGGGACGGAGCGAGGAGGGGAUGGAGGAGAAGGAGAAGGAGGAGGAGGAGGAGGAGGAGGAGGAGGACGCGGGCGGGCGCCGUGCGACAGAUCCGCGGCGCCAACCAACCAGCCAGCGAGGCGGCCACGAGCGGGAAACCGGGCGAACGCCCCGAAUCCCAUGCCAGGCAGUCAGAAGCCAGUAAGAGCACCUGCGUGCAAGUCAUGUUUGGGGGGCACGAUCGGUCAAUCGGGGAUCCACUGACCCCGGGUCGAUCCAAACCUGGGUCAGUCGGGCUUGGCAGGGUCCUGCAAGAUCCUGCUGAAUCCUGCACGCAGGCCCAAGCCCGGGUCAAAGCACGCCUGGCUCUGCAGGAUCCUAAUUCUGAAAGACCCCGCCGCAGCUCGAGCUCAAUGCAGCGCCGCCAGCUGGGCGCGAGCUCCCCGCCACCUUGUGGGCGCGGAGGCGUCCGCCCUCCUUGAAGGGGCCCUGGGACGCACAAAUAAAUAGACACACAUAACAUGAUUCUCCAUAUUCUC